GGUCACGCCGACGGGCCGCGCCGGAAAUCCAGUUUCAGCGGCCUUUGUGCGGCCCCUCGUGCUGAUUGCUGCCGAGCGGUCGCCGGGCGCUGACGUACCACCCUUGUUCAGAGGGACCAAGACUCUUUUUACUUGUCUGUCUUCCCUGCUUGCUGCCGCCGUCGGACCGCUUGUUUGCGCAAAUGGCCGUCUCGGUUCUUGCUGCUGCGGCAACGCAGACCUCCUCGUUAGACACUUCGUGCGACCCAAUCUCCAACAAGUCGAGUCUCUCGUCGUCGCCACGGCAAUAUCCCACCGACUUGACACACCCCAUCCUUGAAGAAGGCGAUGAGACCGACAGCGAGGCGGUGAUUGAGCCCGUGACUCCUGUAAGCGGCCGCCAGUCACAGGACUUCCAAACCUUCCCGAACUCUGACGGCCACCUGGACGGACCACUUGUCGACUCCUCUGCCGCUCCUCCGCCAAAGGCCGCUCGAAGUCCCCAGCGAACACCGAGGGCAGCACCCCCCUCAACUCCUGCCCCGGCGACCUCGUCAGCGGCCGACCAGGAUCCACCGACUGCACAGCCUUCCAGGCGUUCUUUCGGCUCCACGUCCAGCUUUAAACGCACCAUGUCGAGUUUUCUAAGGCGUGUGGGCUCCGACAAGGCUGCACUUGGCACCGAGCUUGGGAACGCAUCGGCUUUGAACUUGUCGGAGACUGGGCAACGAAAGCUGCCAACGCGCCGGUGGUCAAUGAAUAGGAGCUCGGCUACUACCCGCUCCAACACGCCGCCGUCGCCCAGCUCACCGCUGGAGAUCGCUAUCAAGACAAGAGAAGAGGCGUCCAAGCCGACGGUACCAGCUCCGGAAGCAUUUCUGAGGCAUAAAGCGCGUGCGGCCACGGGCUUCACGUUGCGUUCUCGCCACCAUGGAAGGGAAGCACCGUCGAGGCAGGAGCUGCAGCUCAGGCGUCGCGCGAGCAGUUUCGACUACUCGACGGAAGACCGACCCGCGGUGGAUGACCCCGACAAGCCUAUCCACAUGGAGCGAUCUCUCUGGGGGCUACCCGCUGAGACUGGUACCGGUGUCAAAGCUCGUCGCAUGAGUCUGAGCCUGCCCGAUGACUUCACUGUGGACGUGGUCGAGCUGUCUUCGGAAUAUGAGUAUCAGCACAAGCUGUUGGGUCGGCACGGGAAGCAUUUGGGCAAGGGUGCGACAUCCAAGGUCACCUUGAUGGUGAGCAAAACCGGCGGUGAGCUCUACGCGGUGAAAGAGUUCCGAGGUAAAUCGUCGCGCGAGACGAAGGAGGAGUAUGAAAAGAAGAUCAAGUCCGAAUACACGCUGGCUAAGAGCCUGCACCACCCCAACAUCGUCGACACAAUACGACUCUGCAUCGAUCGCGGCCGCUGGAAUCAUGUCAUGGAGUAUUGCGAGGACGGCGACUUGUUCACGCUCGUGAACAAAAAGUACCUCAAGACCGAGGACAGGGAAAAGGACCGGUUGUGCCUCUUCAAGCAAUUGGUCACGGGAAUCCACUACCUUCACUCCAACGGCAUCGCCCACCGCGACAUCAAGCUCGAAAAUCUGCUCAUCACCAAGGAGUGCCGGCUGAAGAUUACCGACUUUGGUGUCUCGGAGGUCUUUUCGGGCAUUCACCCGGGGCUCAGGGAAGCCGGCGGGCAGUGCGGGAGGAAUAUGGGAGAGGUGCGACUCUGCGCUCCGGGUAUCUGCGGCAGUAUGCCCUACAUCUCGCCCGAGGUGCUCAAGAAGAAGGACAAGUACGACCCACGCGGCCUGGACGUUUGGAGCUCCGCAAUCGUCAUGGUGAACCUCAUCUUUGGGGCACCUCUCUGGCAUAAGGCCGAAGUGAGUGAAAAUGCGUCGCCACGGGAUAACUACGCCAGCCUGGUUCGCGGCUGGGAAAAGUGGAGGGCCAACCACACCGACGACUCUGACCUCGCGAUCACGGACAUGGACUACCCGCACGUGUUCGUGUUCGACACGUUCGUCAAGCCCCCGGCGCUGCGGCGAGUACUCCUCCAGAUGCUCAAUCCCGACCCGGAGAAGCGGAUUACGAUCGCGGAGGUGGUCAACAACCGGUGGGUGAAGAACAUCGAGUGCUGCCAGACCGACAGCUUCGACGAACCCAACGGCGGGAGCAUGAUCGACGCCUCCAAGAAGCUGUGCCAGCAGCGGGUGAGUGGCAGGAAAAUCUACUGCCACAACCACCUCCCUCCGAAGGACCACAGCACCCAUUCUCUGGGCAAGAUGCCGGGCAGUGCUGGGUAUUAAACAGUCACGACCGGCUUCCCACACUCCGAAGGAAAGGGCACUCUUGGGCCACGCUUUUUACCUUGCCUUCUUUCUUGCAUCAAGCAUUUGACUAUUUCCCUUUUUAAUCGGGUCAGGAGCAA